AUGGGUGUCGCAGGAUCAAAAGCCAGCGAGAUCGACACGGUUGAGAAUCCGUCCACCGUCAACACAUCCAAGAACUUACUAGCACCUGCACCAGGCGCUUCGUUGGGGACCAAGCGACGCCAUGCAGAAGAGACGGCGCUGAAAGGUGUAAAGAAGCGCAAGGGCACUGAGUCGGGUAGCCAUCAACAUAUCAGCCUGGCUUUUCGGUCUCCUAAACCGGGAAAGGACAGCAGCUCCGACGGAACGGGUUAUGGAAGCAUCGAGACUUCGGCAGCCGCACCCAGAUCAUCAAAGGCAGAUGUGCCGCCUGGCCUGACAUUAUCAACAGAGCACACGCAGCCCGAGAUCGAAGAUUCGAGGGACAUCAUUCUCGAUGCCGCGGCGGAUCACAGCCAAGCGGCGGUAGUAUCGCCUCGAUUCCAGGACGUGAUUCGGUCUCUACGCGAUGGAAGCGAGGAUGUGCCCUCUGGAUGGGCAGUGGUAGCAGCACCGCCAGUAUCACAGUCACAGCGGGAUCAUAACCUGGCAAUGAUCCGAAAUGCCGUUGCAAGCUUGAACAGUGUACAUCUCUCCUCGACGUACAGUAGGCAUAACCUCCAGCUUUCGACCACUGUAAUACCACCACAGAACGCUGUCAGAAAUUCGCGCUCUUCAAGAAGGUCAUCCGUGCAGGGAUCCGGACUGGCUUCGCUUCAGCGUAGGAGUCGAGUCCUCAACAGACCCGACCCUAUCACGUUGGGGGUCGCAAACGCCAAAAGACACCGUCCUGAUGGAGACGUUGAGGAAAGUCGACCACACAAGCGUUUACGAAAAUCUUUGGUCGCAGUCAUGCAUUCGCAGUCGAACAACAAGCGGCAUAUUCGAAAAUUGACUGGCUUGUGGCGGAAAGACGAUUGGUCAGGCUGGUCUGUUCUAGGAUGA